UCACGUGUUGUCAGAAGAUGGCGGAGUCUGAAGCGGUGAGGAGGCGGCGGCGGUGCUCGGUCUGUGUGGCCGGUCUGGGGCUGCUGCUGGUGCUGGUGGUCGCCGCUGCGGAGGAGAGAAUACAGGCGGCAGGGGAGCCCGCCCGGAGCCGGAGGAGCCCGCAGAGCAGCGCUGAGCACCCGGUGCGGGUGUACGGCCAGGUCAGCCUCAAUGACUCUCACAAUCAGAUCGUCGUCCAUUGGGCGGGAGAGAGAAGCAACGUCAUCGUGGGUCUCACCAGAGACAGCCUGGGCGCCCUGGGCACCAAAAGCAGCAACGUCUAUGUAUCUUAUGAUUAUGGAAAAAGCUUCAAGAGAAUAUCUGACAAGUUCCGAUACCCGAAUGAUGACCACAAAGUUCCCACCGUGGCCCAGUUCUUCCACAGUCCUGUUGACAACAAGCGGUACAUCUUUGUCGACGCCGAUGCCAACUACUUGUGGAUCACGACCGAUUUCUGCGUCACCGUGAAGAGUUUUUCUGUGCCGUUCAAGCCGACCGAUCUCCUCCUGCAUAGCAACGAUACCAACCUGGUGCUGGGGUACGACAAACUGCACCCCAACAAGCAGCUUUGGAAGUCUGAAGAUUUUGGGCAGACAUGGAUCAUGAUUCAGGAGCACGUCAAGUCCUUCUACUGGGGCUUUGCUCCUCUAGACAAACCAAACACGGUUUACGUGGAACGCCAUGAGCCCCGGGGCACCUCGACCGUCCUGCGCAGCACAGAUUUCUUCCAGUCUCGUGACAGCUCGGAGCUGAUUAUCGAGAAUGUGGACGGGUUCCAGCUCAGGGAGAAUUACAUGUUCGCCACAAAGACCAUGCAUUUGCUGGGCAGUAAGGAUCAGUCCUCGGUGCAGCUCUGGGUCUCCUACAACCGCAAACCGAUGCAGUCGGCGCAGUUCAUAACCAGGCAUCCGAUCACGGAAUAUUACGUCACUGACGUCUCCGAGGAUCAGGUGUUCGUAUGUGUCAAGCACAGCAACAAUGUAACAAACCUGUAUAUAUCCGAAGUGGAGGGUCUGCGCUUCUCCCUCUCCCUGGAGAACAUCUUGUACUUUAACCCCGGAGGUGGGAAGGAGACGCUUGUCAGGUAUCUUGAGAAUGAGCCGUUUGCAGACAUCCACCGCAUGAAAGGUGUGAGGGGCGUCUACAUCGCCAAUACCCUCUCGGGGCCUCUGUCCAAGGAGAACGUGGCCUCGGUCAUUACCUUCGACAAAGGUGGAACUUGGGAAUAUCUCCUGGCGCCGGGGUAUAGUGGCUACGGGGAGGCGGCACGCUGCACAAGCUCAAAGGAAUGUCAGCUACGCCUGGCGCAUCAGCUCAGUCAGGUGACCUCACAAGGAAGAGUUAUGCCCAUUGUCUCCAAGGAGUCUGCACCAGGAUUAAUCGCAGCGACAGGUUCAGUGGGGAAAGAUACCAUCAGUAAGAUUAACCUGUAUGUGUCCAGCAGUGCGGGGGUGAGGUGGAGAGAGUCUCUCCUCGGACCCCACUUUUGCACUUGGGGAGAUCACGGCGGCGUGUUGGUGGCGAUUGCACAAGGGGUGGAGACCAACCAAUUAAAGUACAGCACAAAUGAAGGGGAGACGUGGAAACCCUUUAAUUUUUCGGACAGCUCGCUGAUCGUCUACGGGUUACUGACUGAGCCUGGAGAGAAAAGCACCGUGUUCACCAUUUUUGGAUCUUAUGUCCAUAAGGGCCACAGCUGGGUCAUAUUACAAGUCAACACCAGCGAUGUCCUUGGAGUCCCCUGCACUGAAAACGACUACAAGCUGUGGUCUCCCUCUGAUGAACGCGGCAAUGAAUGUCUGCUGGGAAGCAAAACCGUUUUCAAGAGGCGAACCCCACACGCCACCUGCUUCAACGGAGAAGACUUUGACCGACCGAUUACAACCUCCAACUGCUCGUGCACCAGACAAGACUUCGAAUGUGAUUACGGCUUUAAGCUAAGUCAAGAUCUAAGAUCUGAAGUUUGUGUUCCGGACCCAGAAUUUGCUGGCAGGCUCUACCUUAUCCCCUCUCCUUGUCCGGUGGGAACAACCUACAAGAGGACCAAAGGUUACCGCAGGAUUUCUGGAGAUACGUGUUCUGGAGGAGAUGUGGAGGCGCGGCUGGAUGGAGAGGAUGUCCCCUGUCCUGUGGGAGAGGAGAAUGAGUUUAUCCUCUACGCCAUGAGGAACGCCAUUUACCGCCAUGACCUGUCCUCGGGGGUCAGUGAGGAGCUGCCGCUGAAGGGUCUGCGGGGGGCUGUAGCCUUGGACUUCGACUAUGAGAGUAACUGUUUAUAUUGGGCUGACGUCACCCUGGAUAUUAUACAGCGACUCUGUCUGAAUGGAAGCUCCGGGCAGGAAGUCCUGGUCAAAAGUGGUCUGGAGACUGUGGAAUCCUUGGCCUUUGACCCCCUGAGCCAGUUGCUUUAUUGGGUCGAUGCUGGAAUUAAAAAAAUCGAGGUUGCCAAUCCCGAAGGAGACUUACGCCUGACUAUCCUCAACUCCACCGUCCUGGAGCGCCCGCGAGCUCUUGCGCUAGUGCCCAAUGAAGGGCUCAUGUUCUGGACAGACUGGGGAGACGAGAGGCAUGGAAUCUACAGGAGUGAGAUGGACGGCUCAGGGGUGACGCACUUGGUCUCUGAUGGCAUUAAAUGGCCCAAUGGCAUAUCUGUGGAUGAGAACUGGAUCUACUGGACCGAGGCCCACAUGGAUCGCAUAGAGAGGAUCGACUUCAACGGGAAGCAGAGGCAGGUGGUCCUGGACAAUCUGCCCCAUCCCUAUGCCAUAGCCGUGUUCAAGAGCCAAAUUUACUGGGACGACUGGUCCCAACUCAGCAUCUUCAGGGCCUCGAAGUACAACGGCCAGUCAGAAGUCCUGAUUGGCCGAUUGUCUGGAGUGAUGGACAUGAAGAUUUUUUAUAAGGGAAAAUGGAAAGGAGUCAAUGCCUGUACAUCCAACUCCUGCCGUCUCCUAUGUCUACCCAAGGCCAACAACAGCAGAGUUUGCCGGUGUCCAGAGGGGGUAAAGGAGGAGACUUUAUCUUCAGGGGAGACUCAGUGCGAUUGUCCACUUGGGUAUCAGCUGCAGAACAAGACUUGUGUCAAGCAAGAGCAUUCCUGCCUACCCAGUCAGUAUCGCUGCUCCAACGGGAACUGCAUCAACAGCAUCUGGCAGUGCGACAACGACAAUGACUGCGGGGACAUGAGCGAUGAGAGAGACUGCCCGACCACAGAGUGCGACCCGGACACUCUGUUCAGGUGUCAGGAGUCUGGAACCUGCAUCCCCCUGUCAUACAAGUGUGAUCAAGAAGACGACUGCGGAGACAACAGUGAUGAGAGCCAUUGUGAGGCGCAUCAGUGUAAAGACGACGAGUUCAACUGCAGCUCGGGGAUGUGUAUCCGACAGUCGUGGGUCUGUGAUGGGGACAAUGACUGCAGGGACUGGUCUGAUGAAGCCAACUGUACAGCCAUAUCACAUACCUGCGAACCCUCCAGCUUCCAGUGUCACGAUAGUCACUGCAUCCCCCAAAGAUGGGUUUGUGACGGCGACUCCGACUGCCAGGAUGGCUCAGAUGAAGACCACACCAUCUGCGAAAAGAAGUGCAACGGCUUCCAGUGCAGGAAUGGCACCUGCAUCCCAUCCGGGAAACAUUGUAAUGGAGUGAAGGAUUGUUCGGAAGGGGAAGACGAACAGAACUGCGAGCCCCUGUGCACUCGCUACAUGGACUUUGUAUGUAAGAACCGGCUGCAGUGUUUGUUCCACAUCAUGGUAUGUGACGGAGUUGUGCAGUGUCACGAUGGCUCGGAUGAGGAUCCUGCAUACGCCGGAUGUUCGCGAGAUCCAGAAUUUAAGCAAAACUGCGACUCUCAGAGUUUUUCAUGCCAAAAUGGAGUUUGCAUCAGCCUGGUGUGGAAGUGCGAUGGCAUGGACGACUGCGGCGACUAUUCUGACGAGGCCAACUGCGCGAACCCUACGGACACCCCCGCCUGUGCCCGAUACUAUCAGUUCCAGUGCGAGAACGGCCAUUGCAUACCCACGCGGUGGAAAUGCGAUGGCGAGAACGACUGCGGAGACUGGUCGGACGAGAAGGAUUGCGGAGAAACUAUUCCUCAGACGACCACCCGACCCUCCACAUGUCCGGCCAAUCAUUUCCGAUGUGACAACGGGGUCUGCAUCAUGAAUACUUGGGUUUGUGAUGGUUACAAGGAUUGUAUAUAUGGCUCUGACGAGGAGGGUUGUCCAACUUCCAGUACAUUAUCCAACGUCACCGCGCCCAGCACCACAACCCACGACCGAUGCAGCGCCUUCGAGUUUGAAUGUCAGAAGGGGAAAUACUGUGUGCCCAGGUGGAAGCGCUGCGAUGGGAUCACGGACUGCCAGGACGGCACAGAUGAACUCCACUGCCCCACUCACAGACCUUCCUCGUGUGUGAACGGCUCCCUAUGUGAUGACGGUGAAGCCUGUUUAGCACUAUCAGACCGCUGUGACGGCUUUCUGGACUGUUCUGACGGAAGCGAUGAAAAUAACUGCACCGAUGACAGCGUGGUCUACAAGGUUCAGAACCUGCAGUGGUCGGCUGACUUCUCUGGCAACAUAACUCUGACCUGGGCGCGCCCCAAGAAGAUGCCGCAGUCAUCCUGCGUAUACAACGUGCACUACAGGCUUAUCGGGGAGAGCACAUGGAAGUUGUUGGAAACUCACAGCAGCAAGACCGUGUGCAUAUUAAAGAUUCUCAAACCGGACUCCACGUAUCAGGUGAAGGUUCAGGUGCAAUGUCUGCGCAAGGUGCACAACAGCAACGACAUGAUCACCCUCCGGACCCCCGAAGGACUUCCUGGUCAACCCCAGCUACGCCAGCUUGACCUCAAUAAGAAUCUUCCGUCCACCAUCAUCUGUUGCUGGUCCCCUCCUGCCAACGCGAAUGGGUUAAUCCGUGAGUAUGUGGUGGAAUACAGUACAAACACUUCCAAGGGCUGGUCUUCUUUCAGUACGCAGGACCUGUGCUAUAAUAUCCACUAUACAGAGGGCAACACGUUCUACUCAGCACGGGUGGCUGCGGUUACCAGCCGAGGGGUCGGUGAAUGGAGCGGCAUCAAAUCCAUCAGCACUGCAAAAGUUGUGCCUCCUCCAACUAUUAAGAUCCAGACCAUCAAGGAAGAUUCGGUGGAGUUUACCCUGAAGGUGGACUCUGAUGUCUUGAUAACUGGUUACUCAGUGACUUUAUCCUGGGAGUUUGACUCACAUGUUCAGGAAAGAAGAACUUUACAGCUAGAUGGAGGAAGCGUCUCACAUACAGUGACCAAUCUAACGGCACAGACAGAAUAUGAGAUUUCCGCCUGGGCGCAGUUCUCUUAUGGCGAGAGCUCUGUGGCUUUUGAACACUUUAUUACCAAGGGUACAAGACCGUCGGCCCCGAGUCUUAAAGCUAAAGUGGUCAAUCAGACGGCGGUGGAGUGCAGCUGGGUGGGCGUCAGGAACGUGACCUACGGGGUGUUUUACGCCACGUCAUUCUCAGAGCUGCACAGGAACCCACAGAACGUCACGACGACGUCGCACGACGUGACCAUCAGUGUGAACAGGGACGAGCAAUACUUGUUCUUGGUGCGGGUCACGUGCCCCUAUCAGGGACCCCCGUCAGAUUACGCCGUGGUCAAAAUGAUUCCAGACAACCGCUUGCCGCCUCGCCAACUUCACGCCGUCCACGUGGAUAAAACGCUUGUCGUCAUGAAGUGGGAAUCGCCCUACGACUCUCCAGACAGCGAAUUAGCAUACAUUGUCUCCAUAAAAGACUUAAUAUUGAAAACGGAGAAGAGUUACAAGGUGAACACCCGAAACAGCACCAUAGAGUUCAAGAUCGGAAACCUGGAGCCCGGGGGGAAAUACAAUGUGAUUGUCCAACUGCGGAACAUGAGCAAAGAGUCCAGCACCAAAAUCAGCACAGUCCCCCUCUCUGCUCCAGAAGCCUUGAAGCUCAUUAUUGAAAAGGAUCAUGUUCUGCUGUUUUGGAAGAGCUUGGCACUAAGGGAGAAAUACUUCAACGAAUCCAGAGGUUAUGAGGUCCACAUGUUUGAUAGCUCAAAUAACAUCUCCACCUCACUGGGAAACACGACCGAGACCUACUUUAAGAUCUCCAACCUGAAACUGGGUCACAGCUACACGUUCAGUGUCCAAGCCCGAUGUCUGUACAGUGGACAGAUCUGUGGGGAGCCGGCGCUGCUUCUCUAUGACCACCUGGGAACAGGAAUGGACUCCCUGCCGUCCACUAGUGUCCAGUCCACGGACGUGGCUUCUAUAGUGGUCCCUGUGUUAUUCCUGCUGUUAGUGGCCACUGGCUGCGGCUUCGUCAUACUGUACAUGCGCCACCGGAGACUUCAGAACAGCUUCACCGCCUUUGCAAACAGUCAUUACAGCUCGCGUCUAGGAUCCGCCAUCUUCUCAUCUGGGGAUGACAUAGGUGACGACGACGACGCUCCGAUGAUCACCGGCUUCUCAGACGACGUCCCCAUGGUGAUAGCGUGAAGCCCGCGUCCCCGGGGUGUGUUUAAACCAAAUGAUGUAAAUAUUUUUCUUUUUUUUUUCGAAGGAAUCGUCCGCGCCUGAUCUUAUUGGCACUUUUUCAGUUGCGAUACGUUAUUUUUAUAUGGGCCAAAACAAAGAAGAAAAAAAAAACAACAAAAAAUACUCAAAACAAAAAAAAAACACAACAGACCUUUUGUCGUCGUAGUCGAGUGUGAGAUGCAAAAUAAGUUUUUUUUUUUUUUGUUAACCAAAAUAUGGCUGUUUCUGUCCGUAAAUUGUGACCCCCUUCAGCGCGGUCCGACCCUUGCCUUAUUGUCCGCUGUAAAUGUGAAGAUAUGUAAAAUAUAUAUAUAUGUAUAGAGCCUAAGCGCCGCCAGCUCACCCACCCCCCCGAACGAAGAACGCAACGCUUAGGAUUGUGGGUGUUCGUGAGCUGCCUUAAUGACUUCUCCGCAGGACUUACGGCGCACCGCGAGUUGUAGCUUCUGAAUGGCCGUCGCUGUUUUGCCGGCAUUUUUAUAGGUUCGGGGAGCGGCGCUGAAGGGGUUAAUCUUUUGGUUUUGCUGGCCGACCAUCUCCUGUCUGUUAUAGAUGACCCUUCACUGUGUCCCCCAACUCCCAACUAGUUGUUUCACAGUCAUUUUUGUUUCCUGGGAAAGUUGGGUGGCAGCUGGUAGGCUGCAAGCACAAGACCAAUGCUGAUAUACACAAACUAGGUAUGUAUUACAGUUUAUUUAAGAAGCCUGAGCCUUCUGGAACCUUGUAAAGCUGGGUCACAACCGGUAGGACUGCCUUCUCAGCUCCCAUAGGGGAUAUUACUCUGCUUUCCCAUAUUCCUGACUUACAGGUCUGCCCAGAAAGGUAAGGAUGGCUGUAUAAUGAGACAUAUUGGCUAUUCAGAACUCUUGGAAAGCUGAAUGACCUCCUGUAGGACUGCCUUUACAGCUCCCAUAGGGAUAUUACUCAGCUUUUCCUAAUUUCUCACUUACAGGCCUGACCAUGAAGGGAUGCAUGGCUGUAUAACUAGACAUAUUGGCCAUUCAGGACUCUUGGAGAGCUUGAUGACAGCCAGUAGGACUACCUUCACAGCUCCACUAGGAAUAUUAAUCAGCUUUCACGCACCCUUGAAUAACAGAUCUGUCCGGGAAGGGAUGCAUGGAUGUAUAUCUAGGCAGAUUGGUCAUUCAGGACACUUGAAAAGCUGUGUGACAACCAGUAGGACUGCCUUCAGAGCUGCCCAUAGGGAUAUUACUAAGCAUUCCUGUGAUCCUAAAUAAAAGGACUAUCUGGGAAAGGAUGCCUGGCUGUAUAUCUACGCACAUUGGCCAUUCAGGACACUUGGAAAGCCAUGUGACAGCCAGUAGGACUAAUCAUUACAGCACCCACAGGGGCUCUCAGCUUUUCACACACAGCUUUUCUCAAAGUAGGCCUAAUAUUUCUGUAUAACAGAUUGGUCAUUUGGGACUCUUGGAAAGCUGGGAGGCACCAAAUGUACGGCAGCUGUUUUAGCUGUCACCCAGCUUUCCCAGGAACAGAUAAAACAGAGAUAUGGGAUAUUUAAUGUUAUGAGGAAAUACUGAGCUCGCUAGCUGUCCCUUUUUCCAUGUCUUGCGCCAAUCUUCCCGGUCAGCGGGAGUCUUGCGUUGAUCACCUGAUGUCUGCGGACGCCAGGAGCUGCGCUCUUAAUUCUCCCGCCCUGCCGGAAAAUCCCUGAUGAUGAUGAUCCCGUAGCGCGGCAGCUGCGGUUUGUGUUUCCCGCAGGGCCGUUUGGCGGCAGCAGUCAGGAUUGUGACUGUAUAUAGAGUAUAUAUAUAUAUAUUAUUUGCAGCUUUCAUUAUUAAUGUUAUUGUUAUUUUGUGUGAAGUGAUUCGCUUUGUUGCUGCACUUUGUUCCUCACUGUGAUUUUACAGACUGUACCUGUUCACGCCGCCAGAGUCCUGUUCACCAACAGCUGACCGCCGUCACAGUGUGCCAGUAUGAGUAUAUAGCUGUGGCCGAGUCAGAGUCUGUAGUGUCCCCCAAAACUUGGCUUUCUAAAUAUUGCAGAACUACAACUCCCAUCAUGCUCUGACAGCAGACAGCUGUGGGAGCUGUAGUUUGGGGGACACUGUUGCAGUCCUUAGUUCAGUAUUUCCCAACCAGGGUGCCUCCAGC